AUGUACAUACAGUCGAGGGGAGAUGGUACCCUGGCCUGUCUGUCUGAUGCACGGCAGCAGCAGCAGCAGCAGCAGCAGCAGCAGCAGCAGCAGCAGCAGCAGCAGCAGUAUGAGUACCAGCAGAAGCACCUCAUACACGGACCUUCUCCUUCCUCACCGUCUGCCUUCCUUCACCUCUCGGUAAGUAAGGAUUGA